UGUGGCGUAGCGCUGACUGGACUUGAGAACCGAACAUAGUUAGGAGCUGCGGCGGUGGGAGACGCUCAACUUCGCACCGGCCGAGAGAGGGAAAAGGAAAAGGGACCGCUCCGUGUGACCGUUGCCGUUGACGGCGAGGCUAAAGCGGAGGCUCCGCCGAUGUGUGGCUGGCGGUUGUGGGUGUUGGCGGCGCUGCUGCCGCUGGCGGCCGCGAUGUUGCCCGAGGCCUCGCGAAGCCUCGGCCCCGGCCCCGGCCCCGGCCCGUCCGACUCCCUCAACCAGACCGGCUCGCCCGCUUCCCCCAGUAACGGCACGGCCACCGCCAUGGACAGUGUGGUGCCCAUCCUCCGCCACUUCCUCACCCUCAGGAACCUGGUGUUGGCAGCGUCUGCCGGGGCCUUCCUCCUCAUCGUGUGCCUCCUCGCCCGGGUCAUCAGGUCUGGAAGAAAAAUCAAGAAAACGAGAAAGUAUGAUAUCAUUACAACUCCAGCAGAAAAGGUGGAAAUGACACCACUCAAUGAAGAUGAUGACGAUGAUGAAGAUGCAACAAUGUUUGAUGUAAAAUACAGCAGGUGAAGAUUUGUAUGAAGUGAGUAUUACAUGGACAGCCAAUCACACUGUAUCAACCACCAGCCACAACAAUCUUCUGGAUGAAACCCGGGUUUGACUUAUCAUCUGCAUAUCAGCUUCUUGCAUCUCACUGAUAGCAACAUUUAAAUGAUCUCCAUCCAGUUUAUUACAAGAGCAAUAUUCCUGUCUGUUUCCUGUGGACAUUUUAGAAAAGUUUUUUUUUAAAAGAACACUAUGAUGUAAUUGUCUUGAAGUACAUAAUAUUUUAUUUGUAAGUAUGACAUUGUGUGUUUGUCCUUUGUCCAAAGUAGCUUAUUUAUACUAUAAGAUUUGUGGUGAAGUGGAAUGUAGUUUAGCACUUAAGUGGGUUUUCUGGCUGAAGUUCAGUGUUAAAUCUUUUGUUUUAAUUGAAUAUGCACACUGGUUGCUUAGUAAAAUGUCUGAUUUCUUAGCGAUCUCUAAAUUGACCUAAUCUUAAGUAUGACCAGGUAUGCAAGCUCAGAUUGAGCCUUUUCUAUAUUGAACUGUGAGCAUUCCUAGCGAUAUUUGAAACCCAAGUUGAAAUGGUCUUGGGUGGUGGAGCAAGUACGUCUAUUAGUUGAUCAUCAGUACAUGUUUGUAGGAAAAUUAGUUCUCCAUUGUUAACGUAGUCUAAUCAUAAUGAUCAGUGUUUACGUAGGGUAGGACUAAUCCUGAAGGUUAUCUGAGGAAUUUGUGUUUCAGCACAUGCAACUUGUUUGUCAAAUACAUUAACUUGGUGGUACAGGACUCUUGCAUAUUUAUAAUGGUGGAGCAAAUUCACUGGCUGAGCUGAAGACAGUCACUAAAAUAUGGGUCAAGUGGUAUUGUGCACUGAAGUAGCAUUGGUGAUUUGUUGGCUAUAACAUGCCAGUUCAAGUCUCCACUCCCAGAAUUAUAUCCAAUCAAUGCUAUUCAAACCACAACCAAGUUAAGCUCCCUAUAAGGAAUACAUUUAAUUACUAUUUACACUAUCAACAAUGCUCAACAAAUCUUUCAGUUUUCUUGUAUUGGGCAAAUGUCUUUGAAUCUUAACACUUGAAUUUCAGAAACUAGUUUGUGCAAUAAAAAGUAAGUCCCAAUUGAGACUUUCUGGGUGCGGGCAGGUCUCCUUGAAUAUUCUUCACAGAAACAGAGUUCAUACUAGGCGUCAGUAAUGUUUUGUACCAUAAUACUACUGACACAUUCAUACCUAAAUCAAUAACAUUACUGAUAUGUUCAUACCUAAAUCAGUACUUGUGCCAGUGCCCUUCAAUAUUCUAUUAUCUUAGUUCAUGUUAAUCACCUAAUAUUGGCGUUCUCAUUGACUGACAUGUGAGCAGUUCCUCAUCCAAAUUUUCACCACUCUCAAAGGUUCUCUACAAACCCAGUCCAUGGAUGAAAAAUGUGAUCUAAUUAUAGACAUAGCACAGCAAUUUCUCUUGUCAAUGACUGUUUAACUGGUAUUUAAUGAAGGGAGGGAAUAGAACUGCAUCUAUGCAGUCAUUCACUUCAUGUAUUUAUUGUUAAGUUUAAGUAGCACCUUAUCAAAGUGGACAUAUUCCAUUUGUUACCAGAAGCUGGUAUCUCAACAGAGAACUUGAUUAUCUUGUGAUGAUGUAAUGAGUUUGAUAUAACCAUAGCGAGAAGCUCAAUAUUGCAAACGUUAAUACAGGUACACAAUCCUUUAGUCAAAAUCCGAAGCUUUUCUCUGUCAAAUUUUCUUCUGUGCAACAAGGUUGUUUGGCAUGCGAACAGGUGAUCCAACUCCACGCCCACUUGACCCACAUCACUCAGAUGUGACAUGACCCAGCACUGGCAGGUGUCAGUUGUGUCUCAGCGCUCAGACUAGUUACACAUGAGUCUGCUGUUCAGUGAGAGUUUUUAAAAUUUCACUGUGAAAAUGUCAUUUAUUCUAAAAUCUGAAACAUUCCAAAAUCUCAAAAACAACUGGCCCUAAGGAUUUCUGAUAAAGGAUUGUGUACCUGUACUUCCUAAUUUACAAAAGGAACUUCAUAUUGAUUGACACAGAGUAAUUGGGAACUUCUCAAACUUCUUUUCCCUUAAAAGCAAUAUAGGAACAUAACUUUAAACUUUAAGUACUAUCAAACUGAUUUGUAUUAUAAAUAAGAAUGAAAUGAGACCUCA